AUGCCCAUAGCUUCUGCAUGGCGUGUGACGGCAUGUAGGAGAUGUGAAUUAUCUGUUGGGCUAUCCAGCUGUAACUGGGCUUCCUUUUUUGAUUUGGGCUCCUGCGUGGAGGAAGUCUUUGACUUGCCACUUUGGUCUUUUAACUUGGGCGGUCUAGCUGUAACUGGGUUGGAGGUGAGCCGGCCUGCUGCUGGAGCAGGUGGCAGUUUGGGUCGGCUUAUUUGUGGUUGA